ACCUUUAAAAGAGAGAAAGCUAGUAGAGAAGGUGAGAGAGAAAGCGAACGAGUUUCAGUCAGUGAUGCGACUCCGGUACGGUCAGACGCAACGGCAGACGGUUCUGGCCUUGUGCCGGGCUCAGGCGUGUCUCGCCUUUACUCACUCAAAACGCUGACAAAACGGGUUGCUUUAUUCAACAGGACGCAACAGGACGCAACAGUUUUUUUUCUUUCCUUAUUUCCUUCCUUCCUUCUUUCCUUCCUUCCUUCCUUUUCCUUUCCUUUAUCUUCCUCUAUCUCUUAUUCUCUCUCAUUUCCACUAUCUAUCUUUUUAAUUCUGAUUCUGUCACACACUUUGCAGUUUGAGAUUCUUUCAAUUAUCUUAUUCUUCUUCUUUUUCUUCUUUAGUGUGAUUUUGUUUUGAUUUGUAUCGUAUAUAUAUAUUACAUGUAGGAAGAGGGGGUAUUGAUUGUCUCGAGAGUUACGUGAGUUUCUAUUACUCGUAUUAUUGUUCGUGUUCUAUUCGUUAUCGAAAAGUUAAAACCACCUGUGUCACACCGAGCUUUCUACUACCGCAGAUCAUUUCAUUUAACGUUGGAGAAGAAACCUUUGAGUUGAGGGAAACGAUUGUUUAUUUUCCACUGCACCAGCCCCAUCGAUUAUUAUUCCACACCUUUGUGGUGAGAUAACGAAAAGACGUGAUUACUAUUGCGAGUGAAGAAUACUUUUGUGUGUGUGUGUGUGUGUGUGUGUGUAUGUGUGUAGGGGGGAAGGGGUGUGAGAUCGAUUAGAUUUAAUAACGUGAAAAGUGUCGGUCAUUUGUUCGCGAAGAAAUUUAACUAUGUGGGCCGCAGUAACCAGAUCGUUGGAAAUACUCGUUGCCUUCUUCGAAUAUUAUACUACCAGAGCGCAGUUAGAAACAACCGGUAAUCCGGCGAGCAAAUCACCAGCCGGGGGCAGUGCAGGUCCAGCAGCUAGCAGUGCAGGUGCAAGUGCUGCUAUCGUUGCACCGGGUAGUGCAAGUAAUGUCGGCCCUAGUAGCGAACCACGCACCCCAACGGCUGGACCCCAAAACAAACAAUUACAAAAUGUUAAAGGAGAUCAUCCCUCGAAAGCCUUCCUGCAAAGCAGAUCAAUCUCAUUGGUCGACAUGUACAUUGAUAAUUCUGAACCAAGUGAAAGCGUCGGGCAAAUACAUUUUAGUCUUGAAUACAACUUCCAGAAAACAACGCUCAUUCUAAACAUCAUACAGGGUAAGGAUUUACCUGCUAAGGAUUUGUCUGGAACUUCGGAUCCGUAUGUACGUGUUACGUUACUUCCUGACAAAAAGCAUCGUCUUCAGACAAACAUAAAAAGACGCACAUUGAAUCCUAAAUGGAACGAGACGCUUUACUUCGAAGGUUUUCCUAUUCAGAAGUUGCAAAGCAGAGUACUGCAUCUUCACGUUUUUGAUUACGAUCGUUUCUCGAGGGACGACUCUAUAGGAGAAAUUUUUCUACCACUUUGUCAGGUAGAUUUAUCGGAGAAGCCAUCAUUUUGGAAGGCACUGAAACCACCGGCUAAAGACAAGUGCGGUGAACUUUUAUGUUCCUUGUCUUAUCACCCAAGUAAUUCGGUACUGACGUUGUCCCUGUUAAAAGCUAGGAAUCUCAAAGCCAAAGACAUUAAUGGGAAAUCAGAUCCUUACGUUAAAGUUUGGUUACAAUUUGGAGACAAGAGAAUCGAAAAACGUAAGACACCGAUAUUCAAAUGCACUCUCAAUCCUGUAUUCAACGAAACGUUUGCGUUCAACGUACCAUGGGAAAAGAUCAGAGAGUGUUCUCUCGAUGUUAUGGUUAUGGACUUCGACAAUAUAGGACGUAACGAGCUUAUUGGCCGCAUACAGCUCGCAGGUAAAUUAGGAAAGAAUGGUAGCGGGGCUAGCGAGACGAAACAUUGGCAAGAUAUGAUAACGAAACCUAAACAAACGGUAGUACAAUGGCAUCGUUUAAAACCCGAAUAAAAAUUUGUCAACGUGGAGAGGAAAAGAAGAAGGAUGAUGAUGAUGAUAAUGAUGAUGAUGAUGAUAAUGAUGAUGAUGAUGAUGAUCAAUGCCGAUUUUACGUUUUACGAGCGUCCAUUCGGCCUCCUCUACGAGAAAUUAUUAUUCGUACGAAAGGGGGGGGAUCGUUCGAGGAUUACGAUGAUUACGAUGAAAAAUAAACACGACGAUGAUGAUGAUGAUGGUGAUGGUGAUGAUGAUGAUGAGCGCAUUUUGAUCUAUUGUUUCGUAUUGAAAAGUUUUCUCGACAAAAAAAAUAAGCGAAUAAAAGUAAACGAUGUCGUCAAAAAAGAAAAUGACGUUAUUGUUACUGAUUAACAAAAAAAAAUAUAUAUAUAUAUAUAUAUAUAUUGUAUGUAUGUUGGUAAUUAUGACAGUGGGGCAGGGGGGGCAGAGAAAUAAAAUUAAUUUGACGAUUUGUUUGUAUAUUACAAAAUGAUUAAUAUAUUAUUGCAAUAUAAUAUAAAUCUGAAAAGAAAUUUAUACAAAUUUGUUGACUUAAUCCACUGUUGCAAUUACCAUCACAUGUAUAUAUAUAUAUACAUAGACACUGAUAUAUACAUACGUAUACGUACACACCUAAGAUUAUGUACAUGCAUAUAAAGAAACAUACACACACACACACACACACAUACGCGUACACGUUUUCACACUUAUAUCAUAUGUAUACUACGAAUGGAAAGAAAAAGAAAGAAAAUACCAGCGAUUAACGCAAAAACAAAUUAAAAGAAAGAACAAAAGCAUUUCCUCCCUUCCCCCCAUUUGAUGAGAGAAUGAGAUCGGUGGGGUGGGGGUGAAGGAGAAAAAAUAUAUCGAAUGCUUUUACUUUAUGUUCGCAUGCGUGCGUUCGUGUCUGCUGCUGUUGCUGCUGCUGUUGUUGUGUUGUUUAGUUGUACGAAAUAGAAUGAAAUAGAGAAAGAGAGAAAGAAAGAAAGAGAGAGAGAAAGUAAACAAAAAAUAGAACGAUCAUUAAAAUCGUGAUCAUUUAAAUGACGUUCAAUUGACAACGGCCACGUGACAAUUUGUUACGUGUAAAUUACUUAAAUCGAUUAUUACCGUGAGAGAGGAAAAGGGCGAGUCGAGGGGGUGGGGGUAGGGUAAAGAAAAACAAUAAAAUAUUUAAUACGAAAUUAAAUGAAAUUAAGAAACCGGGAGUGGAGGGGUGGGAGGAAGGGUAAAAAAAGGAAUUAAGUAAGCUGUUAUCUUUCUCAGAAAUGUUGUUGACCGUUUUGUAUUUUCGGAAGUACCGCCAGUGAUUUAAACAAAAAAAAAAAACAAGAAAAAAAAACAAAAAAAAACGAAUAUACGCGCGCGUACCCCUCUUCCCCUACCCUUCCCUUCCCAUCCCUUCCCUUCCCAUCCCUUCCCUUUACCUAAAACUAGUUCGAAUCCUUGCUCUCGUUACCUACUUUAUUCCUCCCUCAUCCACUUCCAUAUAGUAGUAAACAUUAUACCUAACUACCACCUAUCUGCCCUAACCCAAAUUCAUUAUUUAUAUAUAUAUAUAUAUAGUGAGAGAUAGUUUUUAACGCUAAGGUAAUUUUGAUAUAUGAAUAAUAAUACAUUUUUGCUGCCGAGCGAGUAAUUUUGUAAUUCGCGCGUUUCCCUCGGCCCGCCCUCCUCCCUUCCCCCUUGCCCCUUGCCCCACCACCGAUUAUCUUUGUACAUUUAUCUACAGAUCUAUUGUAGAUCUAUGUUUCGUUCAUUUGAUUUCUUUUUUUUUUUUUCCUUCUUCUAUUCUUUCGUUCUUAGUUUUUUUCCUCAUCAUUUUCAAUUGUAUUUCAAUAAUAAAAAUAAAUAUUAUACGAAAAUGAUUGUAGUGAGAAACGAUUUUUAACGUGAAAUUUGUUUCCAAUAAAACGCGAAUGAGUUAGAUGAGUAUAAAUUAAUAUUGAAUCAUAAUGAUUUCGUAUUGAAAAUUUGAUGAUUAUCGAAGGUUAUUGUUUUUGUAUUUUCUUUCGAUUACUCAUUUAUUUUCAAGUCAAUCUCUGGAAAAGUUAAUAUUAAAGGAAAAUUACGAUUAUAACGAAUUGCCGUUUUAAAUAUUGUAUAGUUUAAAAUAUUAAACGUGAAACGAGCGAAGUAGUCUCGUUUUUAAUUCGCUCGAAUAAAAAAGAAAAAAAAAAAAAAGAAAAAACAAA